AUCGUAGAACCUCAAUGGAAAUUGUGCUACGUCUUAUUAUAGAUCUACCAUUGUUCAUCCAGCACCGCGACUAGACCACUGAGGACUGUAUAUAUUCCUAUACCGAACCGGGAACAUCUUCACCAGCGACACUAAUGAUUAGGCCUGGAAGAGCUGCAACACCAUUGGUUGGACUAGUCGACAUGCCGCCCUGGGCCCGUCUUUACCACUGUCAUUUCCUUGCUCCGACGCCUUCAAGGACGCCAGCAUAUCCCAACAGGUCCAAUGAUUUGCGCCGGCAAUACUCGCCCAGCCCCUUCGCAAGCCCGAAUAAAUCAAUCACGUCCCCAAGGACGAGUUAUCAUGGAGGAAUAUCGCUGGCGGUAGCUGACUUUCUCGAGCGCUAUCCUUAUGUCAUUGACUGGAUAUCGUUCGUUACUAAGUAUGGUCUGGCGAAGAUAAAUCUACUGCCUUCUUUUACAUCUGUCUCCAUUAACAAUGGCGUCAGGACUUUCACAGGAGGGGAUCUUGCCGUGGAGUCAAACCUUGGCUCAGAUUAUCCAGUUUUUCUCACUGGAGAAUUACCAAUCACCCAUUGCACAGCCGUGUAACAAGGUACUGCCACAAGCCAUUCUCGGAAACAACCCCCCCCCCCC